CACUGCUUCACCUUCCUCCUCCUCACUCUCCCUCACUCCCUUCCUCCCUCCCCCCUCCCCCCUCCCCUAUCAGCGCCGGCGCGCGCAUAAUAAAGAGUUGCGAGCCAGAGGCCCAGCUCCCCCCCCUCGAGGAGACCCGUUUUCACCACCCUCCCGACAGACGACGCUAGCGACCACCCCGCCCGGGUCGUGAGCGCAGACAGGCUCGUCACCGUUCCGUUCCCCGCCGGCAGGCGCCAGCACUUGCCAACAUGUUGUACCUCACAGCAGACAAGUUUCCAGUCUUCGUGCCCUUCGGCAUCAUUGGCUUUUACCGUUACUUAUGGUACAUUAUUCGUCUGAUUGCACGCUUCGUGUAUCGCCCAAUUCCCUUGCCCGAGACUCCAACCUACCAUGCCAACGAGGAUGUCACGAUCAUCGUGCCUACUAUUGAUGCUGGAGAGGAGUUCAGGGAGGCAGCCUUCUCGUGGCUCGUCGGCAACCCCAAGGAAAUUAUCAUUGUCACCGAGGAGAAGAUGAAGGGCCCGCUCAUGGAGCUCGCCGAGUCGGUCGACCCCUCGCGUAUUCGUGUCCUUACGGUUCCCUUCGCCAACAAGCGUCUCCAGAUGGCCCACGGUAUCCGCAACACGACGACCGACAUUAUCGUGUUCGCCGACGACGAUGCCAUCUGGCCCCCGCUUCUCCUCCCCUACGUCCUUGCGUGCUUUGAGGACCAGCAGGUCGGCGGCGUCGGCACCUCGCAGAGGGUCAAGCCUUGUGGCCCCCGCAUGACCGUCUGGGAGGUGCUCGCCGGUUUCCGUCUCACCAUCCGCAACAUUGAGAUUGCGUCGUCGACCCACAUUGACGGCGGUAUCCCCUGUCUCUCGGGCCGUACCGCUGCCUACCGCACUGUUAUUCUCAAGGACCCCGACUUCCUCCACGGCUUCACCAACGACCUCUGGCUCGGCAAGUACCACCUCAACUCUGGUGACGACAAGUUCCUCACCCGCUGGAUGGUCUCGCACGGCUGGAACACGUACGUCCAGGUCUGCAAGGAAGCCGAGCUUCUCUCGACCAUGAAGCCCAACUGGCGUUUCCUCAAGCAGGUGCUCCGUUGGACGCGUAACACUUGGCGCUCGGACAUUCGCUCCAUCUUCACCGAGCGUUAUGUUUGGACCAAGCACCCGUACAUCGCCUACACCAUGAUCGACAAGUUUAUCAACCCCCUCACCCUUCUCGUCGGCCCAUGUCUUGUCAUCUACCUGAUUGUCAAGAGUACCAAGCACAAGGAGGACGGCGGCUACCACUUGCCUGCGUGGAACAUUGUCGUCUCGUACGUCGUCUGGCUCAUGUGCACUCGUACCCUCAAGGUUCUCCCCCACCUCUGGUCGCGCCCCCAGGACAUUAUCUACGUGCCCGUGUUCAUUCUCUUCGGCUACUACUUCGCUAUCAUGAAGCUCUACGCCCUCUUCACCCUCCACAAGACUGGAUGGGGUACCCGUGCCGGUAUCGGAGACCCUGCCACUGCCACGACUGCUGCUCAGCAGGAAAAGAUGGCCGACAGCGCUGGCGCGGGCCCCGACCACGGCGAGGCACAACACGGUGUCUACGACGUCGAGAUGGCCGGCCGGAACAACAACCGGAUUUGAGCUGCACCGACGGCGACAACAGCACCCAUAGCAACGAGAUUCAACUACACGCACAUUACAUUGGCCGCCCAUGGCCCACGUCCAUACUCUUUGUGAGAACGCACAUGCAUACGGACUUUAUGACUGCG